AUGGCAACAAAGCAUCACGUAUCGGCCGUGAUCUUUGAUCUGGACGACACCCUCCUGGACACUGGUACACACAUCCGCAUAAUCUCCUUCUGGAAGAAAACACUGGGACUAAUUUCCAAAAUGGAAUAUGUAAACGAUGGUGUGUGCGUGUGUGUUGAUGCAGAGAGUGUAACAAGAGGCAUCUUGAACGAUUUCCUGGCGACAUAUGGGAAGACAGCAGAUGCGGGGAAGGAGGAGGGGAGGCUGGGGCAGAGUCACAGGGAGUACGCGGCUGGGAUCAUCGCAGAUUACGGGCUGCCGCUCACUCUCGAGGAAUACUCAGAGGCAAUAUUCCCCUUGUACCUCAAAAGCUGGCAGAAGGCAAAACCACUUCCAGGGGUUAGAAGACUUCUCAAGCAUCUUCACAAGAAUGGAGUACCGCUGGCACUUGCUUCCAACUCCUAG